AUGUCCUCGACCGCAGCCGCUGCCAGCGGCAAUGGCUCCGACCGCGACGAGGCCGCCACACCCACGGGCGCCACCGCCCAACGCGAUGACGAUGAGCUGGAGGACUUCGGCGUGUCCUCCUCGGACGAGGACGCGGACGCCAACGAGCCGCAGCUGGACGCCGCCAUGAUGAACGAGCUGCUGCUCGUGUGCUCCAACCUGGGCAUGCUGCGCGUGCCGGCGCCGGGCGAGGCGCCCGUGCUCAUGCGCGGCGAGGACUGCGAGCAGUGGAUCCACGACCUGCAACGCGCGGUGCGGCGCGACCACGCCAAGCACAAGCUGGUGGCCAAGCAGCUGGGCAAGUGGAAGAUCCUGCAGAAGAAGCUGCUGCCGCUGCUCGUGAACCACCAGCACGACUGGUCGCUCGUCUUCUCCAUCCUCAAGGUGCUCGUCAUGCUGACCAUGAAGCCGGCGCGGGACUCGACCAACAUCGCGCAGCAGCUCAAGUACCUGCGCCAGUACAAGCACGAGUUCCUGCGCUGCGGCGUGAUCCCCAUCAUGAUGACCAUCCUGGUGGACCCGCUGUCCCGCAAGGGCUCGGCGCGCACGGCGCAGGACUAUCUGAACAUGGAAAUCGUGCUGACGCUGAUCCGGAACCUGCUGGCCAUCCCGAACGAGGACCCGCGCUUCGUCACGUCCACCACGUCCUACUUCAGCCACCUGCAGGAGGACUUCAUCUGCACGCUGCACGAGGAGAACGUGUACGAGAUGAUCCUGUUGUUCGCGCAGGACAUCGACUCGCAAGAGAACCGCGAGUGGAACUUGCUGAUCAUGGAGAUGAUCGACCUCACGCUCGACUGCUCCCAGCCAAAGUCCGUCGUGGCGUUCGCCAAGAAGCAGCUGACGGGCGAGACGGCCAAGGGAUCCGGUGCACAGCCGGCUGCUAACUCUACGCCCGUGGGUAACUCUCGACCUUCUCGCAAUGCGGCUCCGGCCGGUGGAGAUCUACUGGCGAAGCUGAAUAGUGAGAAGAAGGCGUCGGCCCUGCACCAGUCUGGGUCACGUCGCCACUCCAACUUUGGCGGCGUCCUGACCAUGGUCGGCCCCACUGGACGCACCACGGUGCUGUCCGACUUCUCGAAAACGGUCUAUGAUCAGGUGCCCCAGGCAGCGAAGAAGCCGGUGUCAAGGAGGAGAGGAAAGAAAAAUGCUGCCCCAGUGACCGACAUCCAGGAGAUUUUUGGUGGGAAAGGAAAAGUGACCGAGUCGGACGAGUGGGUUGCGUACGAUGCGGGUUCUCCAAGAGAUCGACUUCAGUACUUCCACCUCGUCUGGUUCCUCACUACGUAUCACCGCUUGAAGGUCCAAGCUCUCAAAUCGCACUACAAGCAUCAGCUGAAGGCUGUGCAGAAGAAGACGACGGAGCUUCAAAAUGCCUUGGAUUUCACGACACCCCCACCGCCGGCUCCUGAGAAACCCGACUAUGAUGAAAAGGCAGUUUUGUCUACGUUGGAUAUGUUCUCGUUCAACUUUGUGCUGCAGUCGAUCGAAAACUACGCAACGAUGAAGAACUACCACGGCAUGACGGUUUCUGUCCAGCUUUUGGCGGAAAUGAUGGCAUAUCUCGCUGAGCUCACGGCGAGUGAUGACCCUCGUUUCCAGCGAAUUGCUGAUUCCUUGCAGCACAAGAUUUUCUACGAACGUGACUUCCUGGAUCGCCUGCCAGUACUGCUCAAGACGUGGUCCCCAGGUCUUUUCCCGAAGGCAUACGUGGUAGACGUCGUUACUCUUACUCACCUGGUUUUCAAGGUACUCGACUCUCAGGGAACUAUCAAGGUCCUUUCCCGAAGAAAGGCUUACCUGGACAAGAAGCGCCUGAAGAAAAAACGUGGUGAUGGGGAAUCUAAAGAGGGUGAGGAUUCGGAUGGAAGCUCCACUGAUGAAGAAGAAACUGAAAGGCAAGCGCAGCUCCUGAUGGAAAUGCAGCGAAAGGAAGCCGAUUUCGAUGUGCGGAAGUACUUUUCAAGCAUGUUGUCGUCCGACACCAUCAGGAUGUACUGCUCACUGCUUGCCGACUACCGUGAGAACAGCGCGAAGGUGAAUCACUACAUUCACUCGUUCUUCUACCGGACAAAGCACUUCCAGAUCUACCAGCAAGAGGAAUGGACGAUGCAGCCAAUACUGUUCAACAUCCACGUGUUGCUACUGUUCAACAAGAUGCUCCAAGACACGUACAUCCAGCGCCUUCCUGAGUACAAGAACUUCCUGGACUUCAUUCGUGGUGUUGUUCGGGAUUUCUUCUCGCUGGCCGACAAAAACAAUUUGCUAUUUGUUGAGGCCCUGCUACGCCAGCCGUAUCCGUCGAAGUCAUGCAUGCUGAUCCAGCGGAAUUACGAUCCCAUUGACUCAAUGAGUAAAUCCAAGUCCGAGGCGGUUGCCCUGGGACGAGAGAGGCGAAUCGAGGCAAUUAAUGAGUCAAGACGGCAUCGAAUUGCGCUGGAUCAUGAAGAGCUCGAGGGUGAGGCAGAGUUCCAGUUUACGCUAGGGCCAUCGGAUUUCCAGUCGACCUCUCUCGUGGACAAGGAAGGUCAGCAAGAGGAGGGCGAGGCUGAAUUUAAUGCGGACGACGCUUCUUCAAACCCCUCGGAAGGUGCUUCACCUGCCAAGCCCAAGCCAAAGCGGAAGGCACCCAUUUCUCGUGCAGCAACCGAGCGUGCCAAGAACUGGAGCAAGGUUGAGGAUCGCUACCUUGCGAAGGUUUUUAUGAAGUAUCGCCACCUGCCAUCCGUGUACGAAGUCAUUUCGUACGAAGACAUGUUCCAGGAACGUGACCGAACCCCGGAGCAAAUCGAACGUCGCGUGAAAUAUCUGAAACUUCACCGGAAGACUCACGAUUCAUCGGAUGAGGAUGAGAAUGACCAAACUAACUCGGACGGUGAGCAAAAUGGUGAACAGGAAGAAAGUACUGAAGCUGUGCGAGAAUCCAGAUUGGAGAAGGACCUCGCAACGCUCGACACUGCUCGCCCCAGACGACGUCUGCGCCGUGGAGCAGAUCUGAGUGAUGAAGACAGCGAUGAUGACAUGCUGUUGGGCGGCUCAACGCAGGCUACGGCGGAGCCUUCUCAGUCAACCAACACCGGUGAUGCUCCUACUGGUGGCGAGCCUGCGACUGCCUCAAAUGCUGUCCACGAUGAAGAGAUGAACGCUGAAGAUUCGUCGACUGAAGUGCAGCCCUCCAAGACGUUACACGAUGAUGCGAGUCAAACUCAGGACAUGGAAGACACUCAAGUGCUGGAAGAUGGUAUUCGCGAAGAACAGUCCACGGAAGCGGAGGCAACCCAAGAGCUAGACAGCGUCGAAGACGUCGCUGCUAACGAUCCCGCGGUGAGUUCUCCGGCGCCUGCGAACGUUGCCGCAGAGGAUAGUGCUAUGACUGGCGUUGAGCUCCCGGAUGCUACUGAGGCUGUCACCGCCGAAAUGGAGGUUGCGAACUUGAAUGGCAGCCAAGAGCCUACGAACCCCGAAAGUGACACCGCCGAUGUGCAAUCUCUCAAGCGAGGUCGCAGCGACGAAAACGCUGACGACGAGGCUGAGAUUGAAGGCACUCCGGCGAAGAAGGUUCAUCGAACUGAAGCUGAAGAGCCCACUGCUGAUGCGUCUGCGAGGGAGCAAUAA